AUGCUUGGAAUUGUGAAAAAGUCUUUGAAAUUUAGAAACGAUAAGAAUGGUCUCUUUCUGAAAAUUCAUCACACAAUUGAAACCGAUAAUAGUGAAAAGGUGAAAUUCUCUUUUACAUUGAUAGACGUUUCGAGAUGCAGCAAAUUUUUUGCCGCAAUUGAUGAAGGUGACAAUGCAUUUGUUUUUCAUUUAAGUGAAAAAUGCUUUUGGCAGCUGGCAAACUUUAACAUCCAUGAUUGUUCCGCCCUUAAAUUUAUUCCCCUACAAGAUAGCAACAUACUCGUUGGCAAUAAAUCGGGAUUUAUGUACGAGAUUGACAUAAAUAGUGGAACAACGUUACGCUGCAUCAAAGUAUUUUCCAUUCCAAUUAAUCAAUUUUUGUUUCAACGUCCCGAUAUGAAAACUAUCAUGGCACUGUCGAGUCAACAAAUUAAGAUUUACGAUCUAGAAAACUUUGUGAAGAAAAGCGAUUUCAUUCCGAAAGAUGAAGCAGAGAUAAAAUUUGUUGAGCAGAUACCACACGACAACAGACUGUUUGUCAUUCUUCAUCACAACAUUAUUUGCAUUUUAAACAGUUCAUUGAAGCACAUUCGACAUUUUGAGCCUUUAAAAGCUCGAAAACAUUAUUUAAAAAAUCCUCGUAACAAGAUUGAGAAAUUGAAUUAUUCAGACGAUGAAGCAAAGUCAGACCAUGAAACGGAUAUGGAUAAAAUAAUCAAUUCUAUAACUAGAGAUUACUCGAAUGGUUAUCUUCACUCUGUUUGUUUUACUCAGAAUGGAAGCAGUUUUUGUUUGAGCUUAAUGGACAAUAGCUUGAUGUUCUGCUCUACGUCUAUGUGGGAAUGUCGUCGAAUAAUCAAAUUUCCUGACUUUUUUAUCAAACGAUUUGAUUACAUCCCCUCACAUGAAAAUAAUCCUAACAUGUUGUUGACUUUAACUUCAAAUGACGAACUUAUGCUGCUGAACUUAAAAACUGUAAAUUCGAAAAUGUUAUCAAAUUCUAACAGCAUCAAAAAGUUCCUUCUUUCAACAAACAGAAAACUUUUAAUUAGCAUUCAGCACACAGGAGAAAUUUUAGUGUAUAAUUUUGAACGUUUUUUCGGUGCUUCAGUUGAAUUCGAUAUUUUUAGCAAGGAAGAAAUAUUUACAAGAACUAACUCAAGGGCUAUAAAACAUGAAGAUAAAAGCAAUGAAAGGAAUGUGGGAUUGGAUGAAAUACAAAUAAAGGUAAUUGAAAGUAGGGCAAAUAAAGAUAUUGAAUCGGAGAAUCUUUAA